GUUACAAAUGAUUUUUCAGAUACAAUCCAUCUCUUCCUGAAAUGGAGUAUCAUCAUAUUCGUCCACUCAACAAUGACCAGAAUUCAGUUUUUACUUCCCAAAGUUCUUACGAUCCAGUAAACGACACAAGAUUUGUACCUGUAUCAGUUACUGAAACUUACAAGGAAUAUUACAGUUCACCAGCUAAUGGUAGCGAAGAUAACAAUAGACCUUACAGCAUGUCAACUGGAACGGAGACUUUCUAUUCAGACUCGAGAAACAGCGAUUCAAAUUCACCUCCUGAAAGAAAAUUGAUUAUGCAAGAUGAAGGUCAACAUACACAAAUGACCAACAGUCAACUUUCUAACAAAACUUAUGGUUGCACUCGGUCACCCACUCAACUCUCACCUCCCCCCAAACGUUUCAUUGAGAGAUCAUCACCAGCAAAAAUGCAAUGUGAUAUGCCGAUGCAAAAUGCUUCUAUCUCCAAAACAGAUCUACAAACAUACAAUGAUCCGAGGUAUGCAAGUCCGUUUGUCAAUCCUCCAAAUCACUGUUUUGAAACCAAACCUAUUAUUAAUCCUUCGGAUACAUCGGGAAUUGUUGGAUAUACAAGUACGAUAUCUGCUAAUCCUGAUUUUUACAAAUCCUCUUAUAUGGUUUCGAAGGAGAGUGAUGUGAACGAAAAUGAAGUUAUCACCUAUACAUCUCUCUCAUCUACUAAUGAUGAAAGACAUUUUUCUCAUUCUUCCACAAAUAGUUCCACUAGUAGUUCUUAUACACCUAAGCCAACAACACCAAGCAGGCCAUCUUCUCAAAAACCAAUGAAAACGCCAACGAAAUUGCAACAACAACAUCAAGUACCAAAUUUUUUCUUUGAUGAUGACGAUGAUGAUUCGUGGAAGAUUUGUCAAGUUUGUGCAGAUAAAGCUACAGGCUAUCAUUUCAAUGCUUUGACUUGUGAAGGAUGUAAAGGGUUCUUCAGACGAAGUAUGAAGAAUUCAAAGAACUUUACCUGUCCAUAUACUGGGAAUUGUACGAUAACAAAAAGUAAUCGCCGACAGUGCCAAGCUUGCCGUCUUGAUAAGUGCCUUCGUAUUGGCAUGAAAAAAGAAUGUAUAAUGUCUCAUUCUGAAAUUCAAAUGAAGAAAAAUUUAAUGUUGAAUAAUCGGAUAAAGAAAAAUAUUAUCUUAUGGAAACCUUCUGACUAUACACCUGAAAAAAGAAGCCUCGUUGAGUUGAUUACUACAUCACAUUGCCAGACAAAUAAUCCUCCGAAUAUAUCGGAAGAAGGUAUUGUUCUAGAAGAAAAGAAUCCAAAUGCUUCCCCUGCAUCAAGUACUGGAUCUGGUUUUUCAGAACUAAUCGAUCGAAUGACACAAGAUAUUGUAGCAACAGCCCCAGGUCAAGCUGGAGCAAGCAAAGCACAUUUGCAACAUUUUUCUGCUAUCAUGGAAUUCAGCAUUAAAGAGAUUAUCAAGUUUUGUAAAAAGAUCCCAGGUUUUAUUUCCUUAAGCCUCAAGGAUCAAAUCACAUUGUUAAAAUCAGGAUGUACGGAGAUAUUAUUUAUAAAAGCCAACUAUACAUAUGAUAGAAAACAGAACGCUCUCAUGUGUGGACCAGGAAAAUAUUACACCAGAGAAUCUUUCAUCCUCGGUGGAAUGUCAGAGGAAUACACAGAUUGCUAUUUACAAUUUCAUCAUAAGUUGAGUCACAUGGGACUCGAUGAUACUGAACUUGCUUGUAUUUGUGCUUCUACUCUAUUUUCAUCAGAUCGUGAUGAAUUAGAGAACAGAGAGGCAGUAGAAGCACAACAAGAAAUAAUUGUAUCUGCCUUGCAAGCUUAUUCAGAAAAUACAUACCACUGUCAAAUAAGGUUCCCUAAAAUCAUGGCUUACCUCACUCGCCUUCGUACAUUGAACUGGCAUAUAUCUAAAACACAUGGAAGAUUGGAGAACACAGAUGCAGCUGAAGCCAUUCAACCUCUUGUACUUGAAGUUACUCCAUCAGUGUGAUAGCUUUCAUCUGGUUUCUGUCUCUUCACAUUACAGUGGAAAAAUCUUCUAUGCCUCAAUCGAUGCAGCUUGCUUUAGCAACUGCAAAACUAAUCAGUCGAACUGGGCUACUCGUUUGUAUUUACUUGGCAACCCAGAACGUCAAACAAAUCAUGUUUUGAAUUAAGUUUCCAAGCACUUUUAUCUGUAACAAUUGUUCAAAUUUUGAAAGGAGGGAAAGUUCAUUAUUGAUGUGUAUCUGUUUGAACAUGGAACGCAGAACUAACUCUAUUCAGCAUAUUCAUAUGGUAUACUUUUAUGUUUCAUUGAUCGAAACCAUCAACAUAUUUGGUUUGUAGUGGUAAUUUCACUUUUAUUUGGAUGGUAAACAUUGGCUUGGAAUCUUUUGCUAGAAAACCAGUGUGGUCGCAUCUAUUAUCCCUAGAAUCCCAUUUCAUAUGAUUACUUUAACAAUUUGUAUAACGUUUUAUAUCCAUGUUAGCUCAAAAAAGCAUUUAAUUAAAAUCCUAUUUACCUAUUAAUACCACACUACAAAUUGUUGACUUACUUUGGUUUUCUUGCAAAAGACACACCAAUUUACGUUGAAAAUACCCUUUUAAGCCAUGUUUUAAUUGCUUAUCUAUUCCAUACUUUUUACUACACCGAUAAUUUAUAGCUCAUUGAAAUAAGAUGAGUUUUGCAAAGGAUGGGUACAUGACAUUUUAUUGAUGAUUAAAGAAAACAAGGUCUAUUUGGUUGUAUAGUAGUUAUGUAGUAGUUAUUAUGACACUCAGGAGUAUAUAUUUGUGUAGAGUUGUUUCAAAGUUAGAGAACUGAAACAUAUUAUCUAGUCAUAAAUAACAGCCAGUUUAAUGCAUUCGAUGAUACUUUUAUUUUCAUUUUAUUUACUCUCCAUUUGCCUUUUUUUUCCUUCUAUUUUUACCCAUGAACUCUUAAACUUUAUUUUGUUAUAUUUCUUUUAGAAAUUUUUUUUUUUUGGUUUUGUAAACAGCAUUCAUUUUACCCAAGUAUGAUUGUGAUACAGAUAAUUUUAAUGGAAUUUUGUUUGAUUAUUGAUUUUUAAGAGAACAGAUGUUUUACAUACAUUAGCUGAAAAGCUAAAUAUCUUAUUGUGUUCAUUCUUACUAUGAGCAUUAUCCUUUGUAUUAUUACUUUGAAAUGAGCCUCUUAAGACCUCUUAUCUGGUUAUCAGUUACGAUAAGGGAAUAGUUAAUUUACCUGUUUGUUGUAAUGUUUCUCGCAGGAUUUAAAUUCUUGAACUCAAAGCCUAGGAUUGUCGGCACUGGGGAUGUUCCCAACGAUUAGCAUGAUGCUGUAACGCUUCAUCAUGGUUGGUUUCAAAUUCCAUCAGUUUAUUGUGCAAUCAUGAUUGUCAGAUUUCAGUGCUGAUUAAUUUGUGAAUAUAAUACAUUAAAAAAUUCAAGUUGAUUCAAAUUGUAUUUUCUAAUAAAAUCAAGUCAUGAUUAGGCUCAGUGAUUCUAUUAAUUUGUAAUAAUUUUUCUAUAAUAAAUGAAUGAUUCAGUGAUAGAAAUAUUUCUGUAUGCAUGCCAAAUAUUGGUUAUUGCAAAACUAUUUUUGGCAUGACAACUACUUAUUAGGAGACAACGGUCGCUUAACUAUUUACAACAUGAUUUUCCAUCUGGAAUGGCGUUUCAUUUUAUUAUUUACAAUGUUCUUGAUAUAACUUGUUAUAUUUGGUUGCCUUACGAUUUUUCUCUUUAAUCAUUUCAAGGAAUUCUCUAUUUUAGUAAUUUAAUCCAGCAUCUGGUGAAAUGUCUUUCGAUGAGGUGUCAGGACAUACCUUAAUCAUUAGCAAAAAAUAUGACAAUGGUACUCUUACACAGCAACAGAUUUUACAAACUACCUCUCAAUUGUGAAGUAAACAAGUGAAGUUGAACCCCAAAUCAUUUUCAAAUAGUUUUCCACUCCAUUUAUCGCGAGCACCAUUUCUUAAUUGAUUAAGUUAUCAAUUUUUCUUAACUGUGUGCCGUUGCAGAAUAGAUAGAGAUCUCUAGUCUAUCAUCAUACCCAGUGUGUAAUAUAUUAGUCUGGCUUCAAAAUAUUGGGAAAAUGGUGUACUUUCUUGAAAUUUGAAAUACUUGACAGUGGGUUGUCAAGUUUUUUUUUGUAUACAGUUAAAAUCCUUAAGCGGAUAUAUCACCAUUGAUUGGUUGGAAUGAUUUUAUGCUGAAUAUUAAUGAUGGUUGUUGUUAAAGAAGGUGUAAAAGAUUAUCCUAUAUCAGAAUCCCUAAAUAUAGUGUUUUUGCCACCUUAUUCUUCUCAAAUUGAUAAUAAUAUAAGCUAAACUAGAAACUUCCUCCUUUGAUUUAUGUAUCCAUUUUCUACAUCAUUCUGAAUUUAUUCGAAUGAAUUGGUGUUUUGGCUUAGCUUGUAAUUUCAAUCUAGAAUUGUUUAAAUUUAUAUGUUUGCAGUAAUCUCGUGAUAUAUAUGCCAUGUUUUACUUUAUGGAAUUUGAAAACUCAUGUUAUUUUUGUAAGAAUUGCAGCAAUUUUACAGGCAAAUAUAGAAAUUUAUAGAUGCGUAAAAUACAAUUUUUUUUCAAAUAUAACAAUUCCAAUUUUGUUUGAACUAAAUCAUCUGGGGAUCCUUCAUUAAUAUUAUGAACAAUGUUAUGUUCAUUAAUUAUGAACAUUCUUAAUUCAUUCUUCAUUAAUUUCAUUAAUAUUAUGAACAAUCCGAACCAUAUUCAACCACCGACCUCUGUAUUAAACAUUGAGAACAUAAUGUUUCUACUAAAAAUCAUGAAAUCAAGAAUAUUUAUUUGAGGCAUAUACUUUAUAUAAAUGCCUUAAUGUUUUUGCAUAAAAGUUGUUAUAUUGCUUUUUUCUUUUUCAUGAUUUUUUGGGAAAACCAAGGAUUUA